UACAUCAGAGAAUAUCUCAUUGUGGAGGGAAGCGAUCGACCCAAAAGAUAUCGGCAUGUCGCGACUUCACCCAACAAACGUUACGACACCAAUGGAAGCGGUGACGUGACAAAGAUUGAGGUGGUGCUCGAGGAGGCACCAGAUGCUGUCAUUGUUGGGUCCAUGUCAUCGGAAUUGGAGGCUACCACCGAACUCAAUUCGACCUUUCCCGACGGGAUUGCAGGAACCGGUGCGGUAGUGGUGCGAGCGGAAGAGGCCCUGAUCGUCGUUUUUGUCCUGAUUCUGUGGGUGGCUGCCAUCGCUUUGUUCUUCAAUCGAUGGGGCAAGAUCCGCAUGCUCGAGCCAUAUCAGCCGAAAUUUCAGCAACAACACAGACCAAGCUGCACGAUAGUUGAUCCAAGCCCACUUCAGCACCGAAGCUACUCGAAGUUCAACAUCCACUGCCUGGAGCACCCGGUGCACCAGAUGAGCUGCGGCUCGGCGGGCGUGCCGGUCGCCCGGCUGCGCCAGAACAGCGUGUUCGUGGGUUCGAGCACGUCGUUGCUGCCGACCAGCCAGGAGACGCCGAGGCGCGCCAAGAGCGCGUUCGAUCUGCAGUCGCUGGUGCACGCGGAGGGCGCGGGGAUGCAGAACGAGGACGAGGAACGCGACGGCGACACGCUGAGGACUCUCAGAUCCAUCGGCGAGUCGUCGCGUCUGCUGCAGCGCGAACGCCGUCAGAGCACCUAUCACUUCGACCGGAUGGACGUGCUGGCGCGACCGACGCAGCGCGAGCGCGGCAUGAGCAUCUGCCAAUUUGACAGGACGGACGUUCCGACCAGGUCGUUGCAGAGGGACCGUGGCAUGAGCAUUUGCCACUUCGAUCGGAUGGACGUCCUGGCCAGGCCGCUGCAGCGGGAUCGCGGCAUGAGUAUCUGCCACUUCGACCGGACGGAUGUUCUAGCGAGGCCGCAGCGCGAUCGCGGCAACAGCAUCUGUCACUUCGACCGAACGGAGGUGCUGGCGAGACCGACGUUUCCGCCCGGCAAAUGCCUGCUACGGGAGCGGCGCGUCAGCGUGUGCAAUUUUAUGGAUAGAAGCGAGGAGCCGUUGGGCGGCAGAAGCUUCUUGCAGCGGAACAAGCGAUUCAGCGUCAGCAACGUUGACAAAAUCGAGACGCUGGGGAAAUGCGUGUCGUCCAGAGACUUCCGCGGCAGCAUCAGCAACAUGGCGGAGAACAAGCAGGACAGCCUGACGAAGUGCGGCGCGAUUAGGGAGAGGAACAACUCCGUGAGUCACCACUUCGAUCGACCGUCUUGCAGCAAGACGCCCGACGUCGUGCUCGGAUACAAAGCGACGUGCGUUUAAUCGCGGAUCCCUUCCGGGAAGUUUCGCCAGCACGCAGGAAACGGCGCCGUAACGUUCUCAACUAUGGUCCAGGAUUUCCUUCGGAUGAAACUUCGGCUGUGAGACCCUUUGCCUCGAUAUUGAUCUUUACUUCUUAUAUUCUUUCUUUUAUGAAUUUCUUAAAAGUACUGGUUUUAAGCGUCAGCAAUCCUCUUAUCGGAGAUCUUUACGAAGGCUGCGAUAACUAUCGUCGUUCUAUCACAGGACGUUAGAAGCAUUCCUCGAGACGUCGUUUCGGGCUUGCUUCGCGUCUUGUCACAAAUGAGGGAAUCUCUGGUCGCAGUCAGAGAGACGUUUUCGCGUCUAUUUCCUGCGCGCGUGAAAUUAAACGCGUCGUACCUUUAAAUGCGCGCCGGAAAUUAGAGGCGCGUCUCGCGUCGCUGGCGACACGCAGCGAAAGCGCGAACGUUAAAAGGUGUUUUUUUUUUUCGGUGGAACUUUUAUUUUUUUUUCCUGCUUUCCUUUUAUUUGCCGCGAGCUAAAUGUAGUAACAAAACUAUCCACCGCACCUUGAUAUGAUUUGCUUCAUGAAUGAUACAUGACUGGUAUUCCGAUAAAUUCGCGCCCGGGUAACGCGGUUAAAUUUCUGUUCGUUGCACGACGACUUGUUAGCGGUACAUUCGAGAAUUUUAAGUCGAACAAUGAAGCCGUAACACGCGGGGGAAUAUAUCGUGAAUGCAGAUCGUGUCCGGUUUCCAUAACGAGCAAUAACGCGAGAAAGUGUGAAAUAUUACGAUCGCGCGAACUAGACAGCGAUUUUACAGAAUACGACGUAGUUUGCCGGAAUUUUUAAUCACAAUCUUCGACCACGAGCUUUGACGAGCGGAGUAUAAUUAUUCCCGCGGAAGAGAAACCGAAGCUUUAAGAUCCCCGAUCUAUUAACUCUCUUCUGCUAUCUCUCUCUUUCUAUAUCUAUCUAUACUCUCGUAGAUAUAAUUAUAGACGGAAAUUUUCUCCAUUUUUCUCCCUCUUUCUCUCUCUCUCUCUUCUUUCUCCUCGAGACGCAAUCCGUUCGCAGGAGCGAAUCGUAGAUAUUACUCUAUUCUUCGGAGACGAGGUCUCGUAGCACCUCCUCUUCUAAACGUACGUACGGGCUCUCGCAAAUUGUCUGUACACGAAAAGCAGCGUAAUUCGGUAGACGCCACGUCACCGGCAUGCUCGAUCGUUCGAUCUGCAGAAUCUGUCAACGCCAUCGAGAAUCAGCACGACGAAAGAACGACACACACACGCUCAGGGAUUAUUUAAAAUCUUCAUACUCGUCGGAGAAUAGUUUGUCGCUCUAGCACGGAGUUCAUCGAAUGCGCGUUUAGUUUCCCAUUACAAUUAAAUGUCGUUAACAGAGCCUAUUAAUUUAGCGGAUAUCGAAUGCAUAAGAUAUAUCAAACGUAUCGAUUGAUUUGUUAAUUGAGCUUCGUAGCCAUUUUGAUGCGUGUGAUAUAUGAUACCCAUUUGCGACCAUACGUUUACGGUUAACGCGUAACAGUCAUUAAAAUUUCAUUAAAGCGUAAAUUGAUCCUGAUUUGAUCCUGCUGCUCGGUUUCGCGGAAAUGUCACGAUUCUCUGUGCAGUUGAUGUUAUCGUAAAGUACAAAAGCGUUCAAAAAUCCAUAUUAUUCUAAAAGCCAUCGUAUGCAAUAGAGGAACUAAUAAUACUGUCAUAUCCACGAAUAUCCGUUACGAUAUAACGAAAAAUGAUAAACCUAUUUUGAAUAACUGAUAGAUUUAUGAGACGAUGCAUACAUACAUACAUAUGCGCGAACUAACGUCAGAUAUUUUCGGAGAGCCUACUAUUUUUAUCUGUCGGGGUGAGCAGUUCUUAACGACAUUAUCUAGUCCUAGUUCCUUCGACGCUGAGAGAACAUAUGAUACAUGGUCUUCGGUGCUCUAGACAGUUUUUAGCGAGAUUAAUAAUCGUGUAAGUGUUUGUAGCGCGUGCGAAAUUAAGGGGACGAUCUCUCACUGAGAGCCACUGGUAUAUAUUAUCUUUUUACAAUUUCUGAGAGCCCUCGCUAAAGGAGAGAGAGUCGCGAAAAAAGAAAAGUAAAAGAUAUUGCCAGACUCAACGUGGGCGUUUCUCAAUUUAUUAAAGACCUUUGUCUGCUUUCUGAUACUUCAAUUAAAACUGCAACGAAGUCAGCGUAUAAGAGGAAAGAAAAAAUAAACAUGUUUAAUUUUAAGUAGCAUAAAGUGGUCUUUAAUAAAGUAAGACAUUACUUGAGAAUCUCGUGCGCAUUUAUAUAAGAGUGGGAAUCUCUUUGUUGAUAAAUAUCACAUUAUUUUUAUCGGCGUACAUCACAUCGUACAAAUGAGGGGCUCGGCUUAAUGGCAUAUUAAUUUAUGGAGAAAAUGGCAUAAUUACCUUAAUUAAUACGCCGUUGUGCCGAUCAAAUUGAAUGAAAUGAUAUCAGAAUGAUAUAAUAAUAACAUUGUAUAUGAUGUUGUAAAAUGAAAUCCUAUUUUUCGCGAUCAGAACGCGCAUUAUCUCUAUUAUCGGAGUUUUAUCGAGAUAUUACUAGCUUAUUGGUGUCAGACCGAAAUUCUUAACAACGGGACCUUCUAAUUAGUCAUUAACGAAACGUAGAAUAAUGAGAUAUAUACAUAUGUAGUCAUAUACAGACCAAAUAUAAGCUUUAAAUUUGAGACUAUAUACCUAUAUUAUAGUAAAGACUAUUCAUAGACUAUAUGUUAAUUUCGUGAUUUCACGCGUUUCAAUGCAACGUUCGUACUUAAAACUUUCGACGAUUCAGACUGUUCUAAUCAAAACUAUUUAAAAAUUCUAAGAGUACGUGUAUUUUUCAUAGAUGUCUGAUAAGUACUAAAGUGUACAACCUGUGUAUGUAUUUUGUUUGCGAAACGAAAUGAGUUGCAUUUACUUUUGAACACUCGUCCAACUUAUAAUCGCACAUUUAUUUCAAAUAUUUAGAUUGCCAAACAAUUUUAAAUUACACAUUCAACAAUUUUAAUUGCAGUAAUUAUGUAUGUAUUGUUGAUAAUUUACUAUGGAUGUUUUUUGAGAUUUUUUCGAGAAUUUCUUCAAAAAUAUCGGACGUUUGUAUAAUUAGUUUCUAUUUAUUUUUGUGUUCUUAUAUCCAAAGAUUUUAAAAUACAAUAUCAAAGCGCUAGUAUGAGUGAGAAUAAUGUUAAGCUGUAGAUGUGGUAUGGAUUCAUCAUAAGGAUGGACUAAGAGCCUUGAUUCAUCAAGAGUGACCUGUAAAAUGGAUAAAUAAUUUGGCAUUUAUUAUAGUUAAUGCUAACAAAUUAUUUAUUAUUUUGUAAUCUGUGUCUGGCACAUUUAUUUCAUUUAACCAUUAUAUUUUAAAUCGUUCGUUGUAUCGCGCAAUUGUGAACAGAAAAUUAAUUAAUAUGUAUUAUACAAUCUGUUUUAAACCGUGUUCGUUGCAUUAUAUGAUGGUAAACAAACAGCUCAGAUUAAUUAAUUUGCUACCGUGUACAUUGGCUCGCAUUAUUCCAGUUGUUUUCGCAAUCGUGUAAUUUUUAGAUUAUACGUAGGUUUAUAGUAGAUUAUAGUUUUGUGAAUGUGUUAAUGGAUGACUUUUUUUACAAUAAAUAUUAUUUGAAACAA